CUCACAUAGCACAACACAGACCUUCCCAAAAAAAAUUUAAAUCAAAAUGUUCAAGUUGGUGGUGUUGUCUGCUUUCCUCGCUGUAGCUGCUGCUGCUCCAGGUUUCAUCGCAUCUCAUCCAGUCGUCUAUUCGGCGGCACCCGCUGCCACUGUUGCCGUACACGAACCCGUUCUCACCAAAGUUGGUUCGGUGGUGAAGAGCAUCCCUACUGCCGUCUCCCAUCAAAGCCAAUCGGUUGUUCAUAGCUCGGCACACUAUGUGCAACCAAUCGUUGCACCAGUCAUCAAGACUAGCUAUGUGGCUGCGGCACCAGUCGUGCAUACUUAUUCAGCGCCCAUUGUGAAGACCAUCGCUGCACCUGUGAUACUCAAGGCGUGGUAAAUUCGGCGCGAUUUGUGAUAUGAAAUUUUGGACCAGUU